AUGGAUUAUGAUUAUGAUUUUAUAAUAGUUGGAUGUGGAGUAUUUGGCUUGUCUACUGCAUUAGAGUUAACAAAAACCAAUUGUAAAAUUUUGGCUUUGGAUGCCUAUCCUGUCCCUUCAGAAUACUCUGCAGCUAAUGAUUUUAAUAAGAUCAUUAGAAUUGAAUAUUCUGACGAAGUGAGUGCAAAAUUGGCAGUAGAAGCUUUGCAAUAUUGGGAAAACGAUCCUCUAUAUACCAAGAAUUAUCGUAAAACUGGUAGAUUAACUUUAACACCAGGUGAUCCCACUUCAGACAGAUCAGAAUAUGAACGUAAAAGUUUUGAAAUAUUGUCCAAGCUUGGUGUGAACCAAAAGAUGGUUAAGAUCAACAAAGCUUCCGACGUUGGAAAGUAUAUCAAAGAGUUUGCUAAUAACAAUUUACCACAAGAUAUAAUUUCAACUUAUAAUUAUGAAUGUGGUACUGGCUUAUCAGGAAAGGCUUUAGUUUCGGUUUAUGAAGCUGCAAAAGCUAAAGGCGUGAAUUUUAAGUUUGGGGACGAUGGGAGAGUAACUUCAGUGGGUGAUAAUCACAUAAGGGUCAAAUCGGGUAAGAAAUUCAGUGCUGGUAAAGUAAUUGUUACAGCAGGUGCUGGUACUGGUUUGAUUGUCCCAUUAGAUAACCAGACCAAAGUUUUUGGUACUUUUGUCACUCAUAUUCAAUUGAAUGACGAAGAAUAUGAGAGAUAUAAGAACAUACCUAUCUUUUUCAGUGCACAAUACGGCUAUUUUUUCCCCCCUGAUGAAGACUUACAUCAAAUCAAGAUAGGUGUUACCACUUGUGAUGCUUACGGGGAAAUAAAUCAUCCAUUCGAAGCUGGUAAAACUUUAAGAGCCCCUAGGUAUUCUGUAGACCAUCCUGAAGAAGUGUUACCUGAGAAGCACUACAAAGAUAUAAAGACAUUAUUACAUUUAGUGGUUCCUGACUUAGCAAAUCACAAACUUGUUGGCAAUAAAACCUGUUGGAUUGCCGAUUCCUGUGAUUCGUACUUUUUGAUUGACAACUGUCCCUAUUAUAAAGACGUGCUUGUCGCAACUGGUGACUCUAGCCACUCAUUUAAAUUUUUACCCACCAUUGGAAAAUAUAUUACACAGAAAUUGAAUGGGAGCUUAGAUAAGAAAUUAGAUUCUUUGUGGAGUUGGAAAGUGAAUCCAUCUUUUGCAAGUGGUAAAAAUGCUAAAAGUAGACUUCCAAGACCUCAUUAUAACACUGAGCUUAUUCCAAAAUUAUAG